UGUGGAGACUUCCGGUGAAUUCUGGUUGGCGCAGCAUUCGUUUUGGUCAGUGACGUAAGGAGAGCGACGAGCAGUGGAGGCAUCAUGGUCUUGCUGUCUUCCACCCUCACAGAGGAAGAGGAGUCUCUGCAGCGGAAAUAUGCGAAGCUGAAGAAGAAGAAAAAGGCUCUUCUUGCUCUGAAGAAGCAAGCGUCCACUAACCAGACAAGUCAGGCUGGGAUCAAGAGAUCCCUCUCCGACCAGCCGACUGUGGACACAGCAACAGCUACGGAACAGGCGAAGAUGUUGGUGAAGAUGGGUGCAAUAAGCGCAAUAAAAUCAGGGACCAAGAAUAGCGGCUUCAAACGUUCCAGAACCCUGGAGGGAAAACUAAAGGAUCCAGAUAAGUGCCCCGCACCCAGCUUCCAGCCCUUCCAGCGUAGUGUAUCCGUGGAUGAGGAGCAGGCAGAGGGUUCUAAGCGCUCUCAGAGGAAGUCUCUGUACGAGAGCUUUGUCAGCUCCAGUGACCGAAUGAGAGACCCCGAGAGAGAGCCCGAGGAGCGAGACAGCGAAAGAGAUUCUCGACGGGGAGGAGAGAGGGAGCCUUAUGACAGAGAACGCGGGAGAGAGCGGGAGCGCGACAGGGAGAGGGACCGAGAACGAGAUCGUGACAGGGAGAGGGACCGAGAGCGAGAUCGUAGUGAUAGAGACCGGGAUCGGGACAGAGAAAGAGACAGAGAGCGAGACAGAGAAGGCCACCAAAGGCGGUCGGAUUCUUUCCCCGAACCCCGGACCCCUAGAAAGGGUAACACGGUCUAUGUCCGUGGCACGGGCUUGACGCAGACAAUGCUACAGGACGCCUUCUCCAAAUUCGGGAACAUUAUCGAUCUUGCUACGGAUGCUCCAAAGAAUUGUGCGUUUAUCACGUUUGAGAAGAUGGAGUGUGCAGAUCAGGCUGUUCAGGAGCUCAAUAACGGCGUGAUAAAGGAGGUCGCUGUGGAAGUCAGCAUCGCCAGGAAGCAGCCCAUGCUGGAUGCAGCCAUUGGGAAUUCUGUCUGGGGCUCAUUGGCCAUCCAAAACAGCGUGAAGGGGUCUCACAGAGAUAAGAGGACCCAUGUUAACUAUUCGGAUGAUUACUUCUCCGGAUCAGGAGCUGGGGGAGGCAAGAGCACGGGGUGACCCAACGAAGCGAUUAAAGUGACCGGACGUUUUAUAGCAUGGAUGAGAACGAUGCGUUGUAUUGACAUUUAUCACACCGGAGAGAUGGGCGUAUCAAACCAGCAAUACACUGCGGGGGCAAGGGUGGACUGCAUGGGGCUGUUUGGCCAGGACAUGGUUAAGCUGUAACUAUAGUGAAAAAAAAAUAUCUCAAAAACUUUGUUUAGAUAAAAAAACAAACUCUGUAUGUUGUGUUAAAAAAGAUUAAAAGACUUCAGCGGUUAAUAGGAUAUCGAUACAAUAAACUCCUUGGACCGAAUUCA